AUGUAUAUCUUGAAAAAUAACAGCAGUGGCAAGAUUAAGAGCAACUACACCAACAACAGCAAUGCUACAGGUACUGUUUACAUCAAAUUUCACUUCAACAUACUAAACUACCUGCAUUUCCUAAUAUUAGUGGGAAAACGCUUUAUUCGCAGCAUCUCAACUUUAAAGAAGAAUCAAGCAGCAACGGUUGAGAAUGAGCUCAAUAUGUCACAACCAACAAGACAAAAGAUUGACCAGGAGCGAGUAUUGCUUCAGUCACCAAAAGACUCAGCAGCAGCAGCAGCAGCGAAUGCAAAUGUACAUAAAGGCAGUAUGCGCUUAUUCUUCACUGGUGGACUGAAUAGGAAAGUAAACAAAAACGCGAUUUCAUCAACAACAUCGCAUAUCAAAGACAUAUUCGAGAUUAACAAUGAGCUGGACCAUUCAAAUCAACGAAAUUCUGUACAAACAUUAAAAUCACCAUACAAACAUAACAUACACAUACGAACAGAUGAUGCAAUCUGCAGCUCUGAUUCAGGUUGCUUUACUACAAACAGCAAUUCGACAUCUAACAUUGUACAUACGACCUCUAUACAAACAGAAUAUGCAGAGCCAGUUUUUAUCAAGCAGAAACAGAUGAAGCCAAACCGCUCUGAGAGUGAUCUUCUACAAAUACUAAAGCCGUCGACUUCAUCAUCUUCAACGCAGUGGUUCAGCAGCAAGAAAAAGCAGCUAUUGAAGAAAUCGUCGUUCCUUGACAAGGAGAAAGAAAAUGAAAAACUAUACAACAUUCCUGUAUGCGAUGAAGAUGACGAAAUACUUCGCCACGCCAAAGAAAAGGGUAAAGAAGGAUCGAUUAUACAUAUUUCUGAAGAUGGGCAAGACGUACUUGUGAUGGAGAUGGCGUCCAAUAAAUUGCAAGUUCUAGCAGGUACUCUGGAGCGAUUAUUCAUGAAAUUGGCAGAUGAAACAUGUCAAGAUUUGGAUUACGUGGACACUUACAUCCUGAGCCACCUGUUCUUUACUGACUCAUUCGAGCUACUGGAAAACUUGAUGGCGAGAUUUCAUCUGGAAGCGUUGCCAGGGGAGGCAAGCUACUUUAAGAAAUGGCAACGAUGUAUUCAAGUAAAGGUUUUGAAUGUCAUUUCACGCUGGAUCAAAUUGCAAUUUCAAGACUUUGAGCAGAAUCCCAUAUUAAUUACUCGACUGGAGGCAUUUCUGAAUGGCGAUGUAAAUCGUGCUGGUUUCACGAUUGAAGCAGAUAUGAUUAAAGAAGCACUUGAUCGACAGUCAAGCCAGUCUUGUAAAUCCAGACAUUCGCUUAUCAUUCAAAUAUCAAAAUCCCUGGUUUCAUUUGGAAAUAACAACAGCAAUGGUAAUAGUACAAUUACCAACUCAACGUCAACAAGUGGACUAGGUAGAAGGCCAUCUCUCACACCGAGCUUUCUGUCUUUUGUAUCGUACUCAACGCCACCAGCAUCACCCACUCAUCUCUUGCAUCAGCAGCUCUACCAGCAUCAGCAAGAUACAUUUCUAACUCUCAACUCAAAAGACAUUGCCAAAUACCUCACACUAGCUGACUUUUACAUCCUGAAAUGUAUCACAGCGCAAGAUUAUCUAGCCAUGUACCAUACCUCCCAAAAACAACAUCGAAAACAAAGCCAGGAACAGAUCAACUACAUUGCAAUGAUGACUGAAAGAGCCAACAAGCUUAGCAAAUGGGUGUUGAUGGAGAUAACGAUACACAAGCUACAUAGCAAGCAAAGAAGGAUAGUUAUCCGCAAGAUGAUUGAGAUUGCAAAGGCUUGCUUGAAUUGGAACAAUUUUCAUACAAGUAUGGUGAUCACAAUGGGACUGACGCAAUUGCAAGAAUUCAAAGGAGGUGGUAGUGGUGGUAAUGGUGGCAGUAGUAGCAGUGGCACUCAUGGUGGAACAGAAGAAAGUUGGCAACCGUCAUCCCUCUUACCAAAUCGAGACAUUAUUACAUUCAAAAGCUUAUUGAAGUACCUGAAUGUGUGCAAUAAUAUGAGCUAUUAUCGAAACGCAUUCAAGAAAUCAGCAAAAGCACCGUGUAUCCCAUUUUUCCCCAUCAUUCUUAAAGAUCUCACUUUUCUGAUGGAUGGCAAUGCCACCAAGAAAUCAGAUGGUCUGAUCAAUUUCACCAAGUUUCGUGUCCUGGUCCAGUCUAUCCACACCAUCCUCAAUUACACCAUGGAAAACUACUACUUUGCCUCUGAACUGGACCACUUUCCCUUCUUCCCAAAUACAUCCAGCAGCAGUGCCUCCUUAUCAUCUGCCUCGUCUCUACCGUUGUCCUCUCCCUUGCUAGAUCAAGUUGCUUCCAUCAUGGAGACACAGAUCAAUCAGCAACAACAACAGUACGUCACUGCCAAUGCCGUGUGA